CUGAGUUGUACAGCUGCGACAAGGAAAAAUAUUACAUGUCUAACAACUUUCAAAAUAAAAGUCCCCAACACAUGUAUAGCAAGUUAUACAACUCAAAACCAAGGCAGACUUUUUAUUUUUAAAGUGACUUCCGCUAUUGGACUGAUGAUGAUUUAAGCGCGGUGUGUGGCUUGUUUAAAGACAUUCGCCUGUUGUUCGUCCAGCAGACGCGUUCAUUCCACAGACACCAUGGUUAGAAAUGUGCUAAAUUUGGAUCAGUUCAAAAAAGAACUGAAGGAUGCCGGGGACAAACUGGUGGUGGUGGGGUUCAAGGCCACGUGGUGCGGGCCCUGUAAAAUGAUCGGCCCCUAUUAUGACCAACUGUCAGAGAGCGCCGAGUUCAGUGACGUGGUUUUCCUGCUGGUGGACGUCGACGAAGCUGCUAGAGAUUUCGCUCAAUCCUCCGAAAUAUCAGCCAUGCCCACAUUCCAAUUUUACAAGAAUGGAAAUAUGGUGGACCACUUCACUGGUGCCAUUCGAGACAAGCUGCUCCAAUUUCUGAGGAGGUUGAAAUAAAAUUCCCAGAGACCAAAUCAUCACACGACCUUGUUACAUAAGCCGCUGUUGGCCUCAGAAUAUUCCAGGUUUAAUUCCAUACACAAUAACCAUCAGCUCCUCUAUUCCACACCGGCAGUAUAUUUGAUCCACUCAUGUCCUGGUUGUAGUCCGCUCGGAUCCAGGUCCAUGUUACCGGAUGUGAUUAUCACUUUUUAAAUUCUGUACCAUGAAUUGGAAUUUCCUCUUGAACAUUUCUCUGUACGGUACGUAUGCAACAACGUUGAAUCGAUAAAUGAAGAUGAGCUACA